CCCUUAUGCCUCACCUCAACGCGUGUCAAAUUUCCGUUUAGUAGAAGAAAACCUUGCCAGUUGGAGGUCUCUCUCGUCAUUUUCCCCAAGAGUGAAUUUAGUCAGAUACUCUGUUUUUCAACAGGGUUUCUGAAUAUGGCGUUUCUUAGCAUUUUGUUGGGGUCUGUUGGUCUUGGAAUCGGGUUUAUAAUUGGUAUGUGUCUUGGGUUCUACUUCUUCAUCUAUUCAGACCCUGAAAUUCAACCAUUUGAGGAUCCGGUUGUAAAGCCAAUUUCUGAGCUCGAUCCAACGAGUCUACAAGAAUUAAUACCCGAAAUUCCUCUAUGGUUGAAGAAUCCUGAUUAUGAUCGCGUUGACUGGCUAAACAAAUUUGUCGCAAAUAUGUGGCCUUAUCUCGACAAGGCAAUUUGUGCUGCGAUAAGGCAGACAACCGAACCGAUAUUUGCUGAUUAUGUUGGACAUGGGCACCGACCGAUAGAAGCAAUCACAUUUGAGAGGUUAAGUCUCGGGUCCCUCCCUCCUACAUUUCAAGGCGUAAAAGUCUGUGAGACUGAUGAGAACCAACUAGUGAUGGAACCGGCGAUUAAAUGGGCUGGAAAUCCAAAUGUAGUCAUAGCUGUAAAAAUAUCGUAUUUGCGUAUCAAGAUUCAGCUGGUGGAUUUACAAGUGUUUGUUGUUCCAAGGGUGAUAUUGAAGCCUCUUGUCUCGACGUUUCCGUGUUUUUCCAAUGUUGUUGUAUCUUUGAUGGAGAAGCCUCAUGUCGACUUUGGGCUGAAGGUGCUAGGUGGCGAUGUUAUGUCCAUCCCUGGCCUUUAUCGACUAGUGCAGGAUAUUAUCAAAAAAGAAGUUGCAAAGCUUUACCUUUGGCCACAAACUCUUCAAAUACCCAUUCUUGAUUCUUCACUUGGCAUUGUGAAGAAGCCUGUUGGGGUAUUGCACGUGAAGGUUGUACGGGCCACAAAACUCCUGAAAAUGGACAUAUUGGGAUUAUCGGAUCCAUACGUUAAACUAAAAUUAAGUGGAGAAAUAUUACCCUCAAAGAAAACAACAAUCAAGAAAAAGACCUUAAAUCCCGUGUGGAAUGAGACCUUUAAGCUUGUAGUUAAGGAUCCUCUAGCUCAAACUCUUCAAGUUAAUGUCUAUGACUGGGACAAGGUUGGGAGUCAUGACCGAUUGGGGAUGCAAGUGGUGCCGUUGAAACUGUUAACACCCAACAAGACAAUGGAACUAACACUCGAUUUGCUAAAGAACACCAACAUAUCCGAUCCUCAUAAGAAGCAACAAAGAGGACAUAUUAUGUUGGAGUUGACUUACGCGCCAUUUAAGGAGGAUAGCGAGGUGUUUAGUGGACCCCUUACGCCUGUAAAGAGAGAGAAUGGCAUGGGGUCCGGUGGCGAAUCCCCAAGUGGGCCCGGGGCUGGUGUACUUUUGGUGACUAUACAAGGAGCCGAGGAUGUCGAGGGGGAGCAUCAUAAUAAUCCCUAUGCCAUGGUAAUAUUUAGAGGAGAGACAAAGAAAACAAAGAGAAUUAAAAGAACUCGUGAUCCCAAGUGGAACGAAGAAUUUCAGUUCAUGCUCGAGGAACCUCCUAUACAAGACAAGAUACACAUCAAAAUCAUGAGCCGGAGAUCACGCAUGAGUUUCCACCACAAGGAAUCACUAGGGCAUGUGGAUGUUAACCUUGCAGAUGUAGUGUACAAUGGACGGAUUAACCAUAAGUUUCAUCUCAUAGAUUCGAAGAACGGGUUGGUCCAUGUCGAGCUUCGAUGGAGAGAAACUUGAUGUUUCUCUAUGAUGACGAGCCGGUUUGAAAUGAGGAGUGGUAUAUAGUCAAUAUGAUCUAUUUUUUAAGUUUUUUUUUUUUUUUCUUGGAUAGUGUUCAUGGAAGAAGUUUUUAUAUAGGUCAUACAAACGAUCUGCAUAUACCCAAAUGAAGAGAAUUAAAAGGUUAAUUCAACCA